AUGCUCGAGCAAACCCCCGUUACAGUCACCCAGGAGGCUUCGCACAAGGCAGCACCGUGUGCAGGUGGUUCGCUGCAUAAAGCUUCUGCGGGCGCGGGCGCGGGCGCGGGUGGGGGAGCGGGAGCUGCUGCUGCUACUUCUGCUUCCCAUGGUCAUGGUAAAGGGCGAGGGAAGGGGAGCAAGGGAGGAGGUGGCGGGAAAAGGAAAGGUAAGCCCAGCGGUCGUGUCGGAGCGGAGGACGGUUCAAAAACAGCAAGACACUCGGAGGAGCAACUGGUGGAGGUAGUACCCAGACGGCAGGACCUAGGACUACCUCCUAGGACUGACGAUCAGGCUACGCCUUGCACACCCAGGACUGACGGUUUUGACGGCUUUCCUGUGGACAAGGCCGGUACGCCGCCGCAGCUCGUUGGGAAGCCUAGGGAGCUGUCAGCGGGUCCUCCUCUGCCCGCCAUCUGCUUCAAGCGGUGUGAAGGCAUGUGGACGCGGCUGGGGCGGCAGCAGUGGGCGGCUGGGCGAAUCGAAUCUGCCAUCAGGCUCUUUUCCUCCUCCUCGCCUUCUCCGUCCCUUGGAGCUGUAGUAGCAGCGCCCACAGCAGGGGUGGGGGGGGAAGGCGGGGAAGGAAGGGGGGAUGGAAGGGUAGCUCAGGUGGGAGUGGGGUUUCAUGACAAAACAGGCACCACUGCUGCUGUUGCAGGUGGCGGCAGUAGUGGCAGCAGUGGUGGUAUUGGGGUUGAGAGCAGAGUAGCGGAGUGCCCGGCGCUGUCUAGAGUGGAGAGGGUGGAGCGGUGGUGGAGGGAGAAGCAGGGCUCUGGUGGCGCGGAAGCAAAGGCGCUUCAGGGCGCCGUGUGCCUUGCAGCUAAGGCCGAGGCCCUGUCAACUGUGAGGCAAGCAGAGGCAGCACGGGCACACUUCUCCCAGCACCACCUCAUCCGCAUCAUCCACCGCAACAGAGCCUCCCUGCACCCCUCGUUGCUUACCGCCCGCCACUCCGUCUCCCGCCACCUCUGCUCCGCCCCUGACUGCAGCAGCAGCAGCAGCAGCAGCAGCAGCAGCAGCAGCAGCAGCAUCGUCGGUCCUCUCAUUGACAGCAGCAGCAUCAGCCCUGCUAGUGGCGCCAACUUGUGCUCUGCAAGCGGCAGCAGCAGCAGCAGCAUUGCUCCUGCUAAUGGCGCCCUCACUGUCCCGCGUGCACUCCUUCUGGAUGGGCUGUUUCUGAAUCCCUGCUCCCAGUGCGGUCCGCCCAUUGCCUUCUCUGCCCACUCCUGGGACCACCUCGGCCGCUCCCCUGUUGGACCCUGGGUCGCCGGCCUCCUUGCCCUCAUGGACCUCGCUCCGCUCCUUGCUGCUGCAUCUGGUGGCGCUGCCACUGGUGGUGGGAAGAGGAAUGGUGCUGCCGCUGGUGCUGGUGCUGGUGCUGGUGCUGGUGCUGGUGCUGGUGCUGGUGCUGGUGCUGGUGAUGUGCCCACAUGGUGUGAAUCAGAGAAGCUGCUGCAAUCGUGCUGGGGUGCUUCUGCCUCUGCUGCUGCUGCUGCUGCUGCCACCUCUCCUUCCUCGGUUCCUUCUCAGACCCCUUGCAUACUCCCUCACACCCUCCUAUCCCCGCUGACCCAAGCCUCUUCCAUGCUAAGCAGGACACGGAUGCGGAUUGCGUCCGCUGUUGAUGCUUCCCUGCGGACAGCCCUUCAGCUGGAGCUGCUGCAGGGGGAAAGGGAGAGCAAGGGGAGGGUGGGAGGGGAGGGGAAGGGACAGGGAGACGGUGGGAGCAGCAGCUGCAGUGGUGGGCAGAGCAAGGGGCGGAAGCGGAAGAAGAAGAAAGGGAAGGGGAAGGAUGGCGGGACAGGGGAUGCUGCCGCUGCUGCUAAGGAUGAGGCUGCUGAAGAGGAGAGUGUAGAUGGCAUGGGUUGCAGAGAAGAGGGUGGAGUGGAGGGUGGAGUGGAGGGUGGAAUGGAGGGUGGAGAGGCAGUUGCAUGCACUGACAAUUUGCUUACAGUGGUGCAACAGCAGGGUAGCGAAGCUGUGAGUGCGCUUCCUGCCUCAGAUGUUCUGCCUGGGUCACUGGAAGGUGGUGGUGGUGGUGGUGGUGGUGUCGGCGGUAGUGUUUUUGAUGGUGGUGAUGGUGGUGAGUGGCGUCUGGUGUGCAAGAAAGGAGCAGCAGGGGGUGGCGGCAGCAGCAGCGCCAGUGGUGGUGGCGCGGGUGGUGGUGGUGGUGCUGGGAAUUGUAUUCAAAAGCAACAGCAAAGGCAAGGGAAACGAAUAGGAGGAGCCAGAGGUGGAAAGGAGGUUCGGAGGGAGUUGAGUUCUGCGUCUUCUGCUGUGCAAGCUUCUGGUAGCAAGCCUGCAGCUGUUGAAGGCUCAGCAGUUGCUCUAGCCUCGACACCUGCAAUGCCUGCAGGUGCAGCAGCACAAGGGGUAACGUCAGGGGCAGCAGCAGGGGCAGCGGCAGGAGGCGGAAGCAGCAGAGGCACUUGUGUUAUUGCAGAGGUGACUCGUGCAUGUGCUUCACCUCCUGCUGCUGCUGCUCCGCACCCUUCAACUUGUGAUGCUGGCGCAGUGCCUUCCCUGCAUGCAUCAACAUCAGCAACAGCAGCGCCAGCAAGAGCAAGAGCAGGUGCAGGAGCAGCAGCAGCAGCAGCAGCAGCAGCAGCAGCGUCAGAGAGGUCAGCUCCAUCAGCUGCAUCACAUGGAAGCGGCGCUGCUAGCAGCAGCAGGCUGGCCCGUCCCUCUCAUAACUCUUCCUCCCCUACCAGUCUAGACCUCUCGCUCUCAGCAUUCCCCCCUCUCCCCCUGCUGCAACUCCCAAAGACCAGCCAGGCCACGCCCACAGACCCCUCCCAGGCCCUCCCCUUCCUCUCGCCUCUCAUGCGCCGCUCCCGGAGAGAAGCAGCGCAAAACAUCCCCCCCCUCUCCUCCUCUCCACCUCCCACAUCUUCCUCCUCCAGUCCCAGGUCUCCCUCCCCUGAAUCCCCCUCCCCUGCACCUCCCUCCCCUCAGUCACUCCACUCAGGCUCUAUCACCCCUGCCAGCAUGGGGAUAGAGCCUCCUUGCAUGCACUCACAGUUAGUGCCUUCACCAGGUGCCCCUCCUGCUGGGACAAACGGGCCUGCAAUUGGCCCCAGCAGCGAUUCAAAUGCUGGCAGGCAGGCACAGUUCGUGCCUUCACCAGAUGCCCCUCCGUUCUUCCCAGCAGAGUCACCAGAUUCGGUCUCAGUGCAACCACAACCCCAUCCGCCACAGCAGCAGCAGCAGCAGCAGCAGCAGCAGCAGCAGCAGCAGCAGCAGCAGCUCCGCCAGGAGCCUCCCUCUCAGCAUCAGUUUCCCCCCAUGCGACUCCCCUUCUCCCCCCAACACGCCACCCGCCUCUCCCCACACCACGACAAAGCAGGCUUACUAGGCCCUUGCCCCCCUCACUUGCACCCCCUUGAUCUACACUUCCCUCACUUCCACCCCUCUCACUUCCAUCCCCUCCCACCUGACCUGCAUCCCCUGCACCCCGUGCUCCCCUCCUCUAUCUCCACCUGGACUGCAGAGCCUGCCUGGUCGCGCCCCUAUUACUACGACUGCCUCUCAAACACUGCCUUUGAGGCAGCCCCAGCUCCAGCUCCUAUACCACCACACGGCCCACACCCACCAUACUCCUCCUAUGAAUGCGGCUCAGACACUGUCUUGGUCGAUGAGCCGUUUCAGGCGUUUCACGCGCGCUACCCUGGUGUGUUGGGCCCGCCUAGGGAGCUCCUCCACGUGCCAGAGCCCCCUCUCUCCUACCCCGCUCCCUCUCACGCCGCACUCCCCCACCAUGUCUCUGCUUUUGAGUCGACUCAAAAGCAGACUCACACCGCACUCUCCCACCACCAUGUCUCUGGCUGGCACUCAGGCCAUCUCGCCCACAACCCUCACCCCGCCCAUCAUCCCCAUCUGCCUUAUUUUCCCAACCUUCCCCACCUGCCUCACCUAGCCCAGACUGCCAGUUGCGCCUCGUCAAGCCCUACCCAGGACCAGCCACACGUGCAGCAUCCCUCCCAGUCCUCUGCUGGUGCCCCCCUCGCCGUCGCCUCCCGUGUUCCCCCUCACAGCCUGCCUGAGCCAGUGGUUGUGGCGCCGCCUGUGGUCCCUGAGGCCGUUCCCAGGGAUGGGGAGGAGCGGGAGGAUGGGAGCUUGUUGGGAAGGGAGGAGGAUGCGGAUCUUGCAGUGGGGAUUGUCGAGGGAAGGGGGGUGGGGCUGGCAUCGGGUGGACAAGCAGGGCCAGCAGGGAUGGGAACGGAGACAAGAGGGGCGAAUGGCACAGGUAGGGGAGGAGUGGAGGGAGAGGGAGCAGCUGAUGUUGGCGAGAGGGAGAGGGGGGAAGCUGGUGGUGGUAGUGCUGCUGCUGCUGCUGCUGCUGCUGCUGCUCCGGGCCACCACCAUCCGCAGUUGCGCAUCACUGGCGACGGGGAGUUUGAAUUCCAGGGCCAGGCUCCUCCUGCUGACAACGCUUCUGCUAAUAACGAGGAUAACUCCUCCGAAACGGCAGUGCAAGCCCCUAGCACGCCCUUAUCAACACCCUCCAGACGCACCUCCUGCUGGGCUAGAAGCAGCAGGGCCAGCCAGGAUGGGACGGAGGGCAACGAUGGGGAUGGGGAUGGGAAGGGGGCAGCAGGCGAGGGCACUGAGGAAGGGGAGUCAGAGGACUGGUCUUUGGAGAAUUUCACAGAUGAUUCGUUAUUAGCAGGGGAGAAUUACCAGAUGUUGGAGGAAGAUUUUGCCGAGUUUGUGGGCGGUGCGGGCGACAGGGGGUACUUCUCUGAGGACGAGAGCGUUCCGCUGGUAGCCCAGCGAAGAGGGGUGUUUUACCCUCGAAAUUACCGGUCGGGGAGGGGCAUGUACGGAAAAGAGGCCAUGCAUGGAGCCAUGGGGCCAGCGGGAAUGGGGUGGGGCGGCGGGGCCAGAAUAGGAGCGAUCCAAGGCCCGUCGGGACACAGAAUUCCAGAGAUGGGGGCGGGUAUGCUUGGGGGAGGAGCACCUGAGGGAGGUAUUCUUGGGGGUAGAGGUCCUGGUGGCAGCAGCUGCGGGGCUGAAGGUACACGUGAAGAGACGCGAUUCUCUUAUGAUGAUAACGAUGUGGACUAUAGGAAUGUGUUUGGCGGAGGGGUGUUCUACUGGAACAUGGCGGAUUACCGCGGGGCCAGUGCAAGCGGCGGCGCGUCCCGCACUGGGUCAUCUCUAGGGUCGGAGGACAGCUCGUGGUUGAGACGAGAGGCGGAUGUGCGGUUGAUUGUGGAUGAUAUAGUUCUAGGGUUCCCGAUAUCAGGGUCGAUUUCGGGUUCGAUUUCGGGGUCGUAUCCGCCAGGUAUGGGGCUGUCUACUGCUGCGUCGACUGAUCGGUCGAGUAUUCCGUCGCCCAGCUCCACUGCCUCUGGCCCGUUUGAUAUGCGCCACGCUUCUCUCUCCGCUGCUGCCGGUGCUGGGAUUUUGGCUGGUGGUGGUGCUGCUGUUGCUGCAGCGGCGGCGGUCUCAGGAGUCGUUUCUCCGCGUUUUGAGCUGGGUGGUGGUGGUGUGGGGGGGGCAGGGAGAGGGGCAGGAGGAGGGAGUCGGCUUGUGUCGUCAGGAAGUGGAGGACUCGUGUUGUGUGGAGCUGGCCCCGUUUCCACUGGCACUGCUACUGGCGCUGGUAACACCGCAGGCAACUCUGGCAGUGGCAGUGGCGGUGGUGGUGGUGGCAGCAGCAGCAACCCGGGUGUGUUGAGUGGGCGUGGAGGGGCGCAGCAGCAAGGGCGGCCUCGGGGAAUGGGGUUGGCUCGGUCUGAGAGUGAUCCGGUACGUGUUCAGGGGCAGAGGGGCAACGGAGCUGGUGCUGCAGCUGUCGUUCGGAAGAGCACCAGUGUGCAUCCUACUGGAGCAGCCGGGGCGGGUGCUACUGGUGAAGCCGCUUCUGACACUAUCAGAAGCACCACCAACAACAACACCAAGCCUUUCGCUGCACCUACUCCAUCGCCUAUUGCCGAGCCCACGGCCAGUGCUGAUCCAGCUGCUUCGCGUAUGGAAGGGCAGGCAGGUGGUAGUGAUACAGGGCAAGGGGGGGCAGAAGUUGCAGCGAUUUCAGCUGCAGCUGAGGCCAGGGGAGAAGCAGGGCGUGGGAGUGCGGAGCAGGUGGAGCAGGAGGAGCAGAUUCCUGGUGUGCCUGGUGGGGCAGGGGCGAGACCUGGGAGCUCUGGAGGGGAGGCAGGUGUGGUGGAGGGAGGAGGAUUGAGAAGGAGCAGCAGCACGUGCGUACGGGGAGAUGGCGAUGGGGAUGGGGAUGGGAAUGGCGAUAGGGAUGAGAUUGUGGACAUUCCAGAUACGGAUGGGCAGCAACAGCAACAACAACAGCAGGUGCGCCCUCCCCAACCUUUGCAGCUUCUACAGCCGGUACUUGGUGCUCCGGGUGGCGUUGGCUUUGCUGCUGCUGCUGCGGCAGUGGCGGCAGCAAGAGAGGCAGUGAUGGUGAGAGAGAAUGCUGCUGCUGCCACUGCUGCUGCUGGUGCUGCUUCUGCUGCGGCUGCGGCUGCGGCAGCAGCAGCGGUAGCGGCAGGGAUGGGGGGGGCGGUGGGGUUGCCUGUGGGUGGGCUUGGUGUGGGGCAGGGUGGGGGUGGCAGGGCGUUGUGGGGGUUACCCUCUCCUGCCGCCGCUGCCGCUGCUGCCGCCGCCGCUGCUGCAGCAGCUGCAGCAAUGGGUGCCGGGCAAGGGGCGAGUGAAGGUGGAGGAGGUGGUGGUGGUGGUGGUGGAGAGGGACUGAUGGGAGGCGUGAGGGCGAUGGGGAUGGGAGGGAGGGCGGUUCCUGAAGGAGUGAGAGCUCUGGUGCCACCUCUCGCUCUUGAUCCUGUCAAGAAGUGUUUUGAGACGUCUCAAAACACUUCUUCAAUCUCGAAGUGGAUUCACUCAACACACGCCUCUGCCCUGCACUCCGCCGCAUUCCUCCCUCCCCUUGCCCAAUCCAACCCCGGUGGAUCGCAGCUGCCGGGAAGACCCCUCCUCACAACCGGCAUUAGCACCGGCAUCAUCCCGGUGGAUUGCUGCUGUCGAGGAGACCCCUCCUCCCAGCCCGCACUAGCAGCGCUGCGCAGCGCGCUGCUCGAACACCAUCUCCCAUUUGUCCCUGAUGCUGCAGGGUGUAUCAGGCUGCCCACCAUUAUCCCAGUGGAUCGCUGCUGUCGCGGGGAUCCCUCCUCCCAGCCAGCGCUAGCAGCGCUGCACAGUGCGCUGCACGAGGAGAUCGAGGCGUUCUGCCUCCAGGUGAUGGCGGAGAUGCGCACACUGCCCACAGUCAUCCCGGUGGAUCGCUGCUGUCGGGGCGACCCCUCAUCGCAGCCAGCCCUAGCAGCGCUGCACAGUGCGCUGCACGAGGAGAUAGAGGCGUUCUGCCUGCAGGUGAUGGGGGAGAUGCGCGCCCGCAAGCCCUACCAGCUCGCCGCCAUCACCAAAGUCUCGCGCACGCUGCAGGUGCUGUGGCCGCGUUCCCGCGUCUCCAUCUUUGGCUCAAAUGCCACGGGUCUGGCUCUGCCAUCGAGUGACGUUGACAUUCUCGUGCACCUGCCGCCCGUCCGCAACCUGGAGCCGAUAAAGGAGGCGGGCAUCUUGGAGGGGCGCAACGGCAUCAAGGAGACGUGUCUGCAGCACGCUGCGCGCCACCUGGCGGACCAGGAUUGGGUGAAGAGCGAUUCAAUCAAGACCAUUGAGAACGCCAUGGUGCCCAUCAUCAUGCUCGUUGCUCGCCUCCCUGCCCACACAUCCCGCCUCUCUGCUGACGUGGCACCCGCUGUCCUUGCUGACGUGGCCCCUGCUGCCACUGCUGAUGUGGCUCCGGCUGUCCUUGCCGACAUUAGCCCUGCUGAGGUGGCCUCUGCUGAUGUGGCGAGUGCAGACGCAGGAGGUGGAGGUGGCACAAAUCUCACAGCGGUCACGACUUUUGAGUUGGCUCAAAUGUUUGACUCAACUCAAAAACCGGGAGUGUCACCGGUCACUGCUGCUAGCAGCAGCAGCUCAAGCCGGGUCUCUGCUACUGAAGAUUCAAUACUGGGGGAGGUGGAGGGCGGAGGGAAUGGGGAGGUGGUAGGGGAGGUGACGACACAAAAAGGGCAGCAGACAGAGGAGGGAGUGGGGAACGCAGGUGGGGUUCCGGAGAAGCCAGAGGAUGUUCUUGAGAAGGUGGAGGAAGGGUUGGAGAAAGCAGGUGGAGGAGGGAAGGGGGCAGCAGGUGGGAAUGUGCAGGUGCUGUUUGAGACGUCUCAAAAGACAGCAGCAGUAGCAGCAGCAGCAGCAGCAGCAGCAGCGGGGGAGGUGCAGGUGCAGGUGGUGAGGGGUGGGGCGAGGGGCCCGUGGGGGAAUGUGGACGACAGGCGCAACGUGCGUUUGGACAUCAGCUUCGAAGGCGGCUCACACUCGGGCCUGCGCACUGCUGAACUGGUGCGAGAGCUCACAGCACAGUUCCCAGCCAUCCCACCGCUCGCUCUGGUGCUCAAGCAGUUCCUCACAGACCGCAGCCUCGACCAUCCCUACACUGGCGGCCUCUCCUCCUACUGCCUCUUAUUGCUGAUAACGCGUUUCCUGCAGAUACAGCCGCACAUCGGCCGCCCGCCGCAGUGGCAGAACCUGGGCAGCCUGCUGCUCGACUUUCUGCACUUCUAUGGCUGUGUGUUUGACCCACGGCGCAUGGCGGCCAGCAUCAGGCUCGGAGGGGCCUUUCUCGAGCGAGACCGCUCCCAGAGCAUCGACCCAUUGCACAUUGAGGACCCCUUGGAUCCCACCAACAAUGUCGGCCGCAACUGCUUUCGCAUCCUGCAAUGCACCAAGGUGUGCACUACAUGCAUGGAGCCAACACAUUAUGAAUCCAAUGAACCAUGUUUCUGUCCCGCCCCUCACUCAUCUCUCCCGCCCCUCACUCAUCUCUCCCGCCCCUCACUCAUCUCUCCCGCCCCUCACUCAUCUCUCCCGCCCCUCACUCAUCUCUCCCGCCCCUCACUCAUCUCUCCCGCCCCUCACUCAUCUCUCCCGCCCCUCACUCAUCUCUCCCGCCCCUCACUCAUCUCUCCCGCCCCUCACUCAUCUCUCCCGCCCCUCACUCAUCUCUCCCGCCCCUCACUCAUCUCUCCCGCCCCUCACUCAUCUCUCCCGCCCCUCACUCAUCUCUCCCGCCCCUCACUCAUCUCUCCCGCCCCUCACUCAUCUCUCCCGCCCCUCACUCAUCUCUCCCGCCCCUCACUCAUCUCUCCCGCCCCUCACUCAUCUCUCCCGCCCCUCACUCAUCUCUCCCGCCCCUCACUCAUCUCUCCCGCCCCUCACUCAUCUCUCCCGCCCCUCACUCAUCUCUCCCGCCCCUCACUCAUCUCUCCCGCCCCUCACUCAUCUCUCCCGCCCCUCACUCAUCUCUCCCGCCCCUCACUCAUCUCUCCCGCCCCUCACUCAUCUCUCCCGCCCCUCACUCAUCUCUCCCGCCCCUCACUCAUCUCUCCCGCCCCUCACUCAUCUCUCCCGCCCCUCACUCAUCUCUCCCGCCCCUCACUCAUCUCUCCCGCCCCUCACUCAUCUCUCCCGCCCCUCACUCAUCUCUCCCGCCCCUCACUCAUCUCUCCCGCCCCUCACUCAUCUCUCCCGCCCCUCACUCAUCUCUCCCGCCCCUCACUCAUCUCUCCCGCCCCUCACUCAUCUCUCCCGCCCCUCACUCAUCUCUCCCGCCCCUCACUCAUCUCUCCCGCCCCUCACUCAUCUCUCCCGCCCCUCACUCAUCUCUCCCGCCCCUCACUCAUCUCUCCCGCCCCUCACUCAUCUCUCCCGCCCCUCACUCAUCUCUCCCGCCCCUCACUCAUCUCUCCCGCCCCUCACUCAUCUCUCCCGCCCCUCACUCAUCUCUCCCGCCCCUCACUCAUCUCUCCCGCCCCUCACUCAUCUCUCCCGCCCCUCACUCAUCUCUCCCGCCCCUCACUCAUCUCUCCCGCCCCUCACUCAUCUCUCCCGCCCCUCACUCAUCUCUCCCGCCCCUCACUCAUCUCUCCCGCCCCUCACUCUCCCGCCCCUCACUCAUCUCUCCCGCCCCUCACUCAUCUCUCCCGCCCCUCACUCAUCUCUCCCGCCCCUCACUCAUCUCUCCCGCCCCUCACUCAUCUCUCCCGCCCCUCACUCAUCUCUCCCGCCCCUCACUCAUCUCUCCCGCCCCUCACUCAUCUCUCCCGCCCCUCACUCAUCUCUCCCGCCCCUCACUCAUCUCUCCCGCCCCUCACUCAUCUCUCCCGCCCCUCACUCAUCUCUCCCGCCCCUCACUCAUCUCUCCCGCCCCUCACUCAUCUCUCCCGCCCCUCACUCAUCUCUCCCGCCCCUCACUCAUCUCUCCCGCCCCUCACUCAUCUCUCCCGCCCCUCACUCAUCUCUCCCGCCCCUCACUCAUCUCUCCCGCCCCUCACUCAUCUCUCCCGCCCCUCACUCAUCUCUCCCGCCCCUCACUCAUCUCUCCCGCCCCUCACUCAUCUCUCCCGCCCCUCACUCAUCUCUCCCGCCCCUCACUCAUCUCUCCCGCCCCUCACUCAUCUCUCCCGCCCCUCACUCAUCUCUCCCGCCCCUCACUCAUCUCUCCCGCCCCUCACUCAUCUCUCCCGCCCCUCACUCAUCUCUCCCGCCCCUCACUCAUCUCUCCCGCCCCUCACUCAUCUCUCCCGCCCCUCACUCAUCUCUCCCGCCCCUCACUCAUCUCUCCCGCCCCUCACUCAUCUCUCCCGCCCCUCACUCAUCUCUCCCGCCCCUCACUCAUCUCUCCCGCCCCUCACUCAUCUCUCCCGCCCCUCACUCAUCUCUCCCGCCCCUCACUCAUCUCUCCCGCCCCUCACUCAUCUCUCCCGCCCCUCACUCAUCUCUCCCGCCCCUCACUCAUCUCUCCCGCCCCUCACUCAUCUCUCCCGCCCCUCACUCAUCUCUCCCGCCCCUCACUCAUCUCUCCCGCCCCUCACUCAUCUCUCCCGCCCCUCACUCAUCUCUCCCGCCCCUCACUCAUCUCUCCCGCCCCUCACUCAUCUCUCCCGCCCCUCACUCAUCUCUCCCGCCCCUCACUCAUCUCUCCCGCCCCUCACUCAUCUCUCCCGCCCCUCACUCAUCUCUCCCGCCCCUCACUCAUCUCUCCCGCCCCUCACUCAUCUCUCCCGCCCCUCACUCAUCUCUCCCGCCCCUCACUCAUCUCUCCCGCCCCUCACUCAUCUCUCCCGCCCCUCACUCAUCUCUCCCGCCCCUCACUCAUCUCUCCCGCCCCUCACUCAUCUCUCCCGCCCCUCACUCAUCUCUCCCGCCCCUCACUCAUCUCUCCCGCCCCUCACUCAUCUCUCCCGCCCCUCACUCAUCUCUCCCGCCCCUCACUCAUCUCUCCCGCCCCUCACUCAUCUCUCCCGCCCCUCACUCAUCUCUCCCGCCCCUCACUCAUCUCUCCCGCCCCUCACUCAUCUCUCCCGCCCCUCACUCAUCUCUCCCGCCCCUCACUCAUCUCUCCCGCCCCUCACUCAUCUCUCCCGCCCCUCACUCAUCUCUCCCGCCCCUCACUCAUCUCUCCCGCCCCUCACUCAUCCUCUCCCGCCCCUCACUCAUCUCUCCCGCCCCUCACUCAUCUCUCCCGCCGCUGACUCAUCUCUCCCGCCGCUGACUCAUCUCUCCUGCCGCUGA